GUGUGACUGAGUGGCGGUUGAACACAGUCACAGAGCACAUUUUCAAAACAAGAACGUAUACUGCUGGAUGACAGAACAUCACACCAACAACACACACUGAAGAAAACCACUUGCAGUGUUGUCUGCUCAACGAAAUAAUACAGACACUGACUUGGCAACACAUGACUGAGGACCUGGCUGGAGUCAAGACAGAGGGAUAAUUUGUAAGAGGCGGGCUUGACUCCUAUGCAACCAUGCUGAAAUCUUUCAACCUCUUGAAGCAGCUUGGCUCUGUGGGGAAGUCACAGGAUGCCACAGAUCUUCUCACAGAAGAUCUUGUUAUGGUGGAGCAGCGGGUGGAGCCAGCCAAGAAGGCAGCGCAGGUUAUUCACAAGAAGCUACUGGGCUGUCUGCAGAGUCAACUAGGGCUGGACACAGAGAGAAGAAUGAAAAAACUCCCUCUCAUGCUGCUCUCUGUUAGCAUGGCUGAGAGCUUUAAAGACUUUGAUCCAGACUCUUCUAUCAGGAAAGUAUUGGAGAUGUGUUGCUUCAUGGAGAGUCAUCUGGCCGCAACACUGUCUGACUUUGAGCUGAAGCUGGAGAAGGAGGUUUUGGAACCUCUCAAUAAACUCAGUGAGGAAGACCUUCCAGAGAUUCUCAAAAACAAGAAGCAGUUUGCCAAACUCACAAUGGACUGGCACAAUGCACGCAACAAGUCCCAGGCCAGUACGGGACCUCAGGCAAAGCAGGAUGGGCUGAAAGAGGAGGUGGAGGAGGCCUGGAGGAAACUAGAGAGCAUCAAGGACCAAUACUCUGCAGAUCUGUAUCACUUUGCCACUAAAGAAGAUGACUAUGCCAACUACUUCAUUCGUCUGCUGGAACUACAAGCAGAACAUCAUAAGAAUUCCCAUGACUUCCUCGAACGAAACAUCAGUGAGCUGAAAGACAGUCAAACAGACUCCCAGGAGAAUAACUAUAAGGGGAAGGUUUACGGGGAGCCCCUGCUGACUCAUCUGUACAACAGUGGCAGGGAGAUCGCUGUUCCCAUCCAGGAGUGUGUUCACAUGCUGCUGCACACCGGCAUGAGAGAGGAGGGUCUGUUUCGUCUGGCAGCAGCAGCCUCGGUAGUGAAGAGACUGAAGAGCAGUCUGGAUGGAGGGGUUGUGAACCACAGUGAAUUCACUGACCCUCAUGCAGUCGCAGGGGCUUUGAAAAGCUACCUGAGAGAGCUGCCUGAACCACUCAUGACCUUUGAACUCUACAAUGAUUGGUUUCAAGCAGCAGGGGAGAAAGAAUUGACAGACAAACUUGAGCAGUUUAAAAUUGUGCUGAAGAAGUUACCAUCAGAAAACUACAACAAUCUCCGGUACCUGGUACAGUUCCUGUCGUGCCUGUCAGAGCAGCAGUCAGUUAACAGGAUGAGUCCCAGUAACAUUGCCAUAGUACUGGGUCCCAACCUGCUGUGGCCUCGUAUGGAGGGGGAGGCAGCGCUGUUGGACAUGGCAUCUGCCUCCUCAGUCCAGGUGGUGGCGGUGGUUGAGCCUCUCAUACAACACUCAAGCAGCCUGUUUCAUGAAGAGGUGGACUUUGAGAUUCCUGAGCUUCCUGGGGUCCCAGAUUUGAAAAUGUUAGAACCUCAAACUUCAGAGUCUGGGAAAGAGAACCUUGUCAGAAUGACCUCCUCCUCUUCAUCAUGCGCUUCCUCUUCCUCUUCUCAUGCUUCUCUCUGUAAAACAAUCAGCUCAGCAUCUCAGGACAGUGGAGGUUUUUUCAUCAUUAAGUCAGGCUCCAUUAGUCGUAGAACCACCACCUGGGGGAACCCUGCCUCAGACCCACCAUGCUCAACCCCACUUAACCGUACCCCAGUCCAUACCCAGAGCCCGUCCCCUGUCCCAAGCCCGACACUGGUCCACAACCCAUCCCCACUACCCAACCCCAAACUGGCACCUGGCCCAACCCUGGUUCCCUCCCCACCACCAGUGUCUGUCUGCAGUCCGACCCAGAAGCAGAGCCCUGAAUUGGGCUCACUAGAACCCAUCCUAGAGGCCCCACCGGACUCCCCCAGAGCUACACUGAAGAUCACCUCACCAUACAAACCGAGGAAAUCCUUCCUUCAACACAUGCCGCCCAUCCAGAGUAAAGAGCAGGUGGUCGUUACAUACUCCAAACCCAGGGCCCCAGCACGUCUAGCACCAGCAGAGACACCCAAAACCCAGCUACAUCCUGCACCCAAGCCCCUUGCUCCAGUCCUGAAGAAGACCUUAAGCAAAAAGGGUGCAAUUAGGCCACCCCAAAUCCCACCUCCCAAGCCCCCAGUACUGGAAAGCAAACAGGUGACCUCUAUAGCGCAGUGAGGGGGUAGAGAUACACUAUAUACUGUAUACAAAAGUAUGUGAACCCCUUCAAAUGAGUGGAUUUGGAUAUUUCAGCCACACCCAUUUGUUUAUGUGUAACUCUGUGUUGUUUUUGUUGCACUGCUUUGCUUUAUCUUGGCCAGGUCGCAGUUGUAAAUGAGAACUUGUUCUCAACUAGCCUACCUGGUUAAAUAAAGGUGAAAUAAAAUAAAAAUACUGACAGAGUGUAUACAAUCAGGCACACAGCCAUGCAAUCUCCAUUGUCAAACAUUGUCAGUAAAAUGGCCUUACUGAAGAGCUCAGUGACUUUCAACAUGGCCUCGGAUUCCACCUUUUCAACAAGGCAGUUCAUCAAAUUUCUGUCCUGCUAGAGCUGCCCGGUCAACUGUGAGUAAUGUUAUUGCGAAGUGGAAACGUCUAGGAGCAACAACGGCUCAGCCACGAAUUGGUAGGCCACACAAGCUCACAGAAUGUGACCGCUGAGUGCUGAAGCACGUAAGGCGUCAAAAUCAUCUGUCCUUGGUUGCAACACUCACUACAGAGUUACAAACUGCCUCUGGAAGCAACGUCAGCACAAUAACUGAUUGUCCGGAGCUUCAUGAAAUGGGCUUCCAUGGCCGAGCAGCCACACACAAGUCUAAGACUACCAUGCGCAAUUCCAAGUGUCGACUAGAGUGAUGUAAAGCUCACCGCCAUUGGACUCUGGAGCAGUGGAAACACUUUCUCUGGAGUGAUGAAUCACUCUUCGCCAUUUGUUAGUCCAACAGACAAAUCUGGGUUUGGUGGAUGCCAGGAGAAUGCUAC